GCUAUUAAAUAGGGCAAAGCCACCCAACUCGCACGGGAGCUAUGCGACGACCCCUUUCUUUUCUUUCUUCCCAAGCAUCGAAGUCCUAGGCCUGGCCUCCUCGAUCUCCUCCUUCCGCCUAGAUUGGGUUGGGUUUCUCCCCUUCGUACUGAAAGCUUUACGACACUUACCGGCACGCGAUGGCCUCGACGAACUCGUUCUCGUCCAGGGGUGAUAAGGAGCUAGGUGGAGACGAUGGGGAUGUGGUGAUAAAGGUAAAAUAUGGUGAUACUCUCAGGAGAUUCAGUAUCUACGUCCAUCAACAACUCAUGACCAUUGAAUAUGACAUGAAUAUGCUCAGAACCAAAAUAUCAAGCCUCUUCAAGUUCAGUAAUGAUGCACUUCUAGUUCUUACCUAUAAUGAUGAAGAUGGUGAUGUGGUGGCUCUAGAAAAUGAUGAUGAAUUGCGUGAUGCUGUUUUAAGUCAGAGGUUAAACCCUCUAAGAAUAACUGUUCAGCUAAAAACUAAUUCAACUGAUGGUUCUUAUUCAAGACCAAGCGCUGUGAGACAUGGGAAUAAUUCUGAGAUAAGAUCUGAUGAAGCUAGCCCGUCCCAUAACAGGUUUCCUAGGCUUGCAGCUGAAUUGAAUUCUACGGUUGAAAAGUCACUGAAGCCUAUUCCUGAUCCAAUUCGUGGGGUCCUCACAAAUCUUUCUCGUGAUGUGAUAAAAACUGCAUCAACUGCUCCUAUUCUGAGUGAACUUCUCUCGCUGUUAUCCAAGAUGCAACUUACCAAUGACACUCAAUCAUCUCAGGAGCCAUUUGGCAAACCAGUGAAUACAGCAUGUGGAUCUCCUUCUAGGGCAGGGGACCUUAAUACCUGUGAUGAACCUAAAGCUUCAAAUGAUCUACAAAAUCAAUUACCCAGAGUCUUGCCUCAGACUAACUUCGUUAGUCCAAUUCAUGAAAAUAUUCAAAAGAUACACGAAGUUGGCCAGUCAAGCCAAUGUUUGGGAUCAAUAAACUAUGCUCCUAUGGAUUUUUAUCCGAAUAUGAGCAAGGAGCAGAAGGACAACUGUGAAGGUCACCAUGAUGGAAAGUCUGAGUUGGCUGCUGAGCCUCCUAUGCCAUUUGAUACUCAGGGUGGUCAUAGUACCUUGGGAAGUUCUGACGAACCAAAACCCUUUGUUGCUUCGAUGUUUUCGCAUGGAAACACCAGUACUGAUAGGUGGCCUUCUGAUGUUGCUAGUCAGUUCCCUUUUGGUUUCACUUCUCAGGGUGAUGCCUUAGCAAACAGGCAUGCUGUUUCUACUGCAAUUCCUCGUUCCAAUAUGAGACCUUCUGAUGUCAAUAAUCGCUGUCCUUUUAAUACAAUGUUCUCCUUUCCGCCGAAAGUUGAUUCCAGUUGUAAGGGCAAUGCCUUUUGGGACAUACAUGGUGCUUCAAGUUUUUCUUGCCUUUCUUCAAUGCCACAUUCUUACAGGAGGUCAUCUAGUUGUCAUGACAACACAUCUCGCACUUUCCACAGGGGUGUCAUUUGUGAUGGUUGUGGGAUGCACCCUAUUAUGGGACCAAGAUACAAGUCUAAUCUGAAAGAAGAUUAUGAUUUAUGUGGUACUUGUUUCCAAGAUAUGGGUAAAGAGGCCGAGUAUACCAGAAUUGAUGGGUCAGCCUUCCGUUUUCCUAAACCAAAGAAAGACCACCACAAGCACAAGCAUAGAAACCGGCUCUUUUCGAUGAUUGAAUCCCAUAAUAGAGUGAAGGUAACUAAACCAAAGCUUUGGAGUUGCUUCAUUCGAGAUAUAACUGUCUGGGAUGGAACUGUUAUGUGCCCUUCUUCUCGGUUUACGAAAAUAUGGAGGAUGCGCAACAAUGGGGCAAUUGCCUGGCCGUCGGGUACCCAACUUGUGUGGAUUAGAGGAUAUCAUUUGGGGGGCCAAAACUCUGCUGAAUUGGAGAUUCCGGAGAGAGGAUUUCCUGUGGAUGAGGAACUUGACGUUGCAGUUGAUUUAGUUGCACCAUCAGUACUAGGUCGAUACAUAUCAUAUUGGCAGAUGAUAUCACCUUCUGGGCAAAAGUUUGGAGAGGAAGUUUGGGUCAUUAUCCAGGUUGAUGAUCAACCAUCACCAGCUUCUUCUUGUGCUGCCCCUACUUUUCUCAACUUGAACUUGCCCCCUGAAGUUAGUCACCAGAGUGAUGAAAUGAUCGUGCCUGCUGAGUCAGAUGAAAGCAAAUUAUUAGAGGAACUUUUGAAGCCGUUGGAUUCUGAUAUGCUGAAUUCAGCACAGCAGGAUGGCAACUCAUUUCUUCAACCUUCAAGUGACAGUCUUGAUUCAUCUUUCAUGGUUUCCCCAGCAGCCCUCAUUGAGGUCCCAAUAUCCUCUUCUUCUCCAUUUUCAUAUCCUGCCAUUGAUGUACAAGAAUCUUGUCCCCUGGUUAUGAAUCCUGCGGAUCCUGAUAUGCCGAAUUUGAUACCGCAGGAUGUUCCUGCAGCUCCGCCGCAACCGUCAAGUGACUCUCUAGCUUCAGUUUUCAUAGUUUCCUCUCCAUCCCUCAUUGAUGUCCCAACAUCCUCAUCUCCAGUUUCAAAUCCUGCCAUUAACGUAGAAGAACCUUUACCCCCAGUUUCAUAUCCUCUUAUUGACAUCUAUUCAUCUAACCCUCCGGAUACCAAUCAGCUUCCAUCAGAUGUUCUCACUGAAGAGAACACAGUAGAGCAAACGUUGCUGAGAGAGCUAGAAGAGAUGGGCUUCAAGCAGAUUGACUUGAACAAAGAAAUUCUGAGGCAGAAUCAUUAUGACCUGGAGCAGGCGGUGGAGGAUCUCUGCGGCUUCGAUGAAUGGGAUCCCCUUCUCGAAGACCUGAAGGAAAUGGGUUUUUAUGACAGGGAGCUGAACAGGAAGCUGUUGUUAAAGAAUGGUGGAAGCAUCAAGCGAGUUGUAAUGGAGCUUGUCACUGGAGAGAAGAGUAAAUGAUUUCAGUAUAAAUAUUUCUGCUUUUUAGUACAUUUUAACUUGAAACUGGCUUCCAAACCAUGUAUUUACCAGUUUGCUGCAUCUGUUACUGUGUAAAUAUUGGCAGCAACUGCGUUCAAAAUACUACAUAUCGCCCAUGCUUAUUUAUGGCUAAAUGGUGUGCAUUUCAGGGAUUAUUAUAUCACUCGACUUGCCUUGUGCAAGUUGCUUUCGAAGAAAGCUAACAUUUAUCUCUAUUGUGAAGGUUACUGUUAUUAUUCUAAUGUGAUCAUCAAAACGCUAUGCUUUUAUGAUUGAUUUUUGUUCUCUA